AGAAAAAUAAGUCCAAAUAAAAAAUGCGUCAUAGAAUGGGUAGAACUUCAUAUGCCGUCAUACGUGAGAAAUUGCGUAACGAGGACCCAGAGAAAAAGCUUCCAAAUCGUAUCAAAAUGUUUGACUUCACCCAUAAAAGGCCUGGAUGUUCCAUGGAUGACGAGUUUACGGAAAAGUUGGAAAAAAUACAGCGUGAACUAAGUUUGCAACCUGAAGAAAUGCAACAGGACAACGAUGUUAUUGAUGAAACCUUCACCAAAGUAAUGGGACGUGAUAGACGUGGAUAUGUGCGCAUGUUUGGGCCUGGAGUAACCCCAAAACAGGUCAUCCGUUCAGAUUUUCAAGACAACAGUAAGCAAAUUGGGUUUUGA